AUGAACCUGAAUCAGUCAAGUGCCAUGGUGCAACCAAAGAACACACUUGCAAGCCAAAUCCUAAAUGAAGACUCAGAUGGCACCACCUCUACCAAGAAUGAUCAUUUAUGUAACCAGUGUGGAAAGGGCUUCCGAUGGCAUUCUUCUCUUGCUCGACAUCAGCGAUAUGAACAUUUUAGUGGGAACACAGUUAAACUAAACAAGGGCCAAUCGGAAACACCAAUGACAGACCGGAGUGCUCAAUUCACUAGGUCACAUAUUUGUAGUCAGUGUGGGGCAACCUUCCAAUUCCUUUCUGACCUUGCCCAACAUAAACUCAUUCAUGUUAGGAGAAAGUUAGUGAACGGUAAACAUACUCAGUUCAAGAAGUCUUGUGUCUGUGGUCAGUGUGGGAAAAAGUUCAAGUGGUCUUCUCACCUCGCCCGACACAUCUGUACUCAUCUGCAGGGCAAGUUAAGGACAAGAUACCCAAGGGGCAAGCAGAGGACAAGCUGUCACACAGCUCAUCAAAAGUCCUACUCUUGUGCCCACUGUGGGAAAAUUUUCCGUUUUCCUUCUGAAUGUGCCCGACAUGAAUGGACUCAUAUUAGAAGAAAGCAAGAGAAGUCUCACCUUUGUAAGCACUGUGGACAGCGCUUCAAGCGUGCCACUGACUUCAUCCUACAUAUGUUCACCCACCCUUCAGAGCAACCCUAUGGCUGUACUAUUUGUGGAUUUCGGUUCAAGUACCAGGUGCAGCUGAAGAAGCACCAGAAAUGGCAUAGUGGAAGCUGUGAAAUGGAGGAGAAGGAGGUGGAAUUAGGAGAAAAAGACCACAAUAGUCAGGAUGUGCAUGGCCAAAGACUUCCUGAUAAGAGUAUCCCCACAGUUCAGCUGCAGCGCCUUAACCUUCAAGGUUUUCAGGAGGACAACAGAUCUUUUGCCAGCCUAAAAUCCUGUGAGUGUGGACAACGCUGCACCACAACAAGCAAUAGCCUUGGGCUGCUUCCCCAAAACAGCAUUUGGGAAAUCGGAAUCAGUGGGGUUCCUCAUAUCCUGCCCCUUACACAGAUUUGUGAGUGUGGAUAUUGUGGAAUCGACAAUGGCAACUUUGACAUGAAGCCCCCUGAGCAGCCUCACAUUGAAACUGGCAUUUCAGCCAGUGCUGAGUUGCCACUUGCUCUGCCCACUGAGUCCACAGUCUUGAGGAGCCCAAGUGAAGGCCAAAGGAGUAUGUCUUACAUGCAAAGGAAGACAGCUUCUACUAUACACUCUUGGUGGUCUCAUGCUAUGGCCGGUCAGAUUCAGAAGAAAUCCUGUUCUCUCAUUUAUCCUGAUUUGCCUCUGCAGGAAGCCUCCCCUUUGGCAGACAAGAAGGAGUCUUUUGCUUGCCCCAAGUGCUCAAAGGAGUUCCACUUAUUUUACCACCUGAAGAGGCACAUGGCUGUCCACCAACCUGAGAAGCCGUAUGAAUGUCCAACCUGUAAGAUGUGUUUUGCUCGCCAUUCCUAUCUGUUAAAGCAUAAGAGGAAGCACACCACAAAUUUGAGACACGAAUGCCCAGAAUGUGGCAGCUUCUUCACUCAGGCUUCAUACCUGCGCAAGCACAUGAAGCGACAUUAA